GCGAGAUGCGCGCAGCAUUCGACGCGCGUGAGACAACGCGGCGAUCGCGUAGUGCUUGUGGCUGGCCGCGCGGGCGCCUGUGGCGCGCAGCAACGCAAAUCGGUUGCGUCGACGUUCCAUCUAUUCCGGGAUACCAACCCUUAUCGCUCCGGUGCUUUCACUUUCUUUAGAACUCCCGUUGUGAGAUACCGCCGAUCUCAGCAGUAAAUCUUUGUGGAGGGCCUCUUAUAGCCCGUUGUGUGUGCGCAUCGCAGUGUAUAUCUCGUCUCCUAUCGGCCUGUACUGCCCGAGGAAGAAGAGGCACGACGAUUGACAUGGGAGGAUACUGCAAGCAGCGCUCAUCGAUGCUGGCCGGUGACUCAUGGGAAGCCUGACUCGUCGCUCUGCCAUGGAACUCUCGAAUCUACCAGACGUUGCUAUCGAGAUGAAGCCGCAGAUAGUGCCAGCCGCAGUCGACGAUGGUCUCUACGGUAUCGACGCACCUGUGGCUCCAACAAUCAUCAGCUGGAAGAAUCUCGUAUACAAAGUUCCGGAUGGAAAAGGCACGAAGCAACUGCUUCGCAGUAUCAGCGGGAGCCUGCGUCCUGGAGAGAUGACAGCCGUCAUAGGCCCGUCUGGUGCCGGAAAAACGACUCUGCUCAACGCGCUUGCCGGCUUCCAAACCAGAAGCUUCCAAGCGGACCUCUUCGUCAAUGGUCAGCCGUUCAAGGAAAGAAGCUUCCGCAAGCUGAGCAGCUACGUCACGAGUGGCGAGGACCUCCUGCAGCACCUGACUGUGCGCGAAACAGUGGACGCAGCGGCCAAGCUCAAACUGCCCUCCGACGUACCCUACAAAAAGAGGAGUGCCUUGGUGUCAAGAAUCCUCAAGCUGUGGGGCCUGGACACCUGCGAAAACCGGCACGUCAAGAACCUUUCCACGGGUCAGCGGAAGAGGGUCAUGCUCGCGCAAGAACUCGUGUACAGCCCACCGGUGCUGUUCCUGGACGAGCCCACCAGUGGUCUGGACAGCUCCAACGCUCUGCAGUGCAUCCUGACGCUCAAGCAAUUCGCCCAGAAGGGUCACACGGUGACGUGCAGCAUACACCAGCCGAGCUCGAGGAUCUUCCAGCUGUUUGACCGACUGUACGUCCUGGCGGAUGGUUACUGCCUGUACCACGGCGCCGUUCGGGACCUCCUUCCUACUCUGACAGCCAACGGUCUACAGUGCCCUGCAUUCUACAACCCCGCAGACUUUUUGAUCGAAGUGGCCUCGGGUGAAUACGGUGACGUUAAAGGCGAUCUCGUGCGCUAUGCUGAACGACACAGCGAUGUUUUUUCUACCAGUCCUGCCCCAAAGUCACUUGCCAACGGAGGAGAUCAUCUCAAUGAACCACUUGCCGUACUAGCACCCUUGUUGAAGCAGGAGGACCACCGAUACGUGACGACUGCCCCGUGCUCUGUGCAGAUGAACGUUCUUCUGAAGCGCUGUUACUUGUCACUCAUCAGAAAUCCGAUGGUGUUCCACCUUCGGCUGGCCACACACCUGCUGGUCGGCGUGUGCAUGGGACUCCUAUAUUACGACAUCGGCGGCCGGGCCGACAGCUUCUUCAACAACGCCACGCUGGUUUUCUUCUGCGCCAUCUUCCUCACCUUCACCGGCAUGAUGCCCGUCGUCCUCAGCUAUCCUCUGGAAGCCGCCGUGUUCACUCGAGAGCGGAACAACUCGUGGUACACGCUGAAGGCCUACUACCUGUCCAAGAGCAUCGUCGAACUCCCUUUCCAGGUCGCCUACCCCACCUUAUUCGUGGCCAUCGUCUAUUGGAUGACAUCACAGCCUCCAGAGAUGAACCGCUUCGUCAUGUUCUCCUUCCUCUCCAUCCUGCUGACCCUAGUCUCCCAUUCCCUUGGCAUGUUCAUCGGUGCCUUCGCAAGCCUACAGGUCGCCGUAUUCCUGGCGCCUGCUAUCGCCAUUCCGAUGCUUCUGUUCAGCGGAUUUGUGGUCACGCUGAAGGCAAUGCCCAGUUAUCUGCACUGGAUAUCUUACGUGUCAUUCGUGCGGUACGCGUACGAAGGGUGCAUACUCAGCGUCUACGGAUACGACAGGCCCGAGCUGGAGUGCAGCGAUCAGAAGGAAGGUUCCGUGCCGUGCCUGUUCACGGAGCCUUCCGAGUUCGUCAGCUUCUUGGGCCUCAACGAAGUCAGCGUGGAAGUGUGUGCCGGCGCGCUCCUCGUGUUUGUUGUGCUCCUCAACGUGGCCACCUAUGUGGCACUCAGAAUGAGAGUGAAGAGGACGUUUUAGGAAGCCAGAGGCAAUGGAAAAACCAGAAACUCGAGUGACUGGCAGGCGAAGUUCACUGUUGCACCUACUGUUGGACAUUCCUCACGACCAGUGGGUGCUCCUGAACGUGAAGUGACUAUACGCGAGCCUUUAGGAAGGACUUGUACAAACGAGGCGUGUGCGAGAAUAGACAUUUCCUUGUGUGCGUGCGUGUGUGCGUGCAUGAGACAUGAUUUCAACACACAUCGGGCACCGCAAUGGCGCAAUGAACAAGGUGUUGGACCAUCCAAGGCCGUGGUCGCUGGCACGAUCAUCGGUGUAGUUUACUGCAUUUCAGCAGAUUCACCGGGAAGUAUUUUUUUUAUGUUAUGCCGGGGCGUAUGAAAAAUCCAGAAGCUCAUGUGAAAAAAAAAGAAAACACGUACCUAUAUUCAAAGAUAAGGUAAAUGUGGAAGACGGGGCACGUGUGACCCGCAAAACAAGAACAAACAAUGUUUUUUUUUUUAAGAAGCUGUUGAUGUCGAGGCAAUGCUUGCCCGAUAGCCGAGACAAUGCUAUCGCGCUCGUGAAAAGGAAAGUAUGCAGUUGUGUCAGUGCUAUCUGAUGACUGUGCCUUAUCUUUGUAUGUAUUCUUUUUAUAUAACUUCGUGAAAACAACGUAACCGAACAAACACUUUGGCCGAGCUGUACUGCACGUUUUCCCGCUUGGUACAUGCCUUCUUUACCAUCGCACGAAUCACAUAGUUUCUCUUAUUGGAAAAUUGCGUGUUAAGGCACACGCGAAUGGAAAGAUUAAAAGUAUAGACAAGGGCUAAGCCUUUUGUGACUGUCCACCCCUGUCUGUGGUAAUGCGCUAGUUGGCAAUAACUAUUCACCAACUCACCCAACCAUUUAUUUUGUCAAGCCACAUAGCGUGCGUUAGUUGCGCGCUCCCUCCACCUAGCAGCAGAAUGCGCGUGAUGACUAGAACACCAACCUUCAAAGUCAAGAUAUAAAUUUUACUGCAAUAAUUUUUAAAAAGGGGGGAGGUAAAGUGAUAAAGACGAGUCAAACAGUGCACAAGUCAUACACGUCUCGUGAUAAGAAGUCUACGUCGCAGAAUACGGAAAGCAUAAGUGCUACUGAUUAUCUUAAGCUCUUAAUUGUUAAGCCUUUCUCGUUACCACGGGAACCUUAAGGAACAAAUGUCCUAUUCUUGUAGCUCUCUAAAAUUGCCCUUUUCCAGAUAAAUUUUCCGACCAGAACAAUUAUGCCAUGCGCUACAUGUGCCGCAGUUCUUGACUAUAGCCAACAAAAUGUUCAACCUGACACAUUUUCACACUCGACGUUUAUAUUUGAGAUUAGAUUAGUGGGGUUUUACGUGCCAAAACCACGAUCUGAUUAUGAGGCACGCCGUAGUGGGGGACUCCGGAAAUUUCGACCACCUGGGGUUCUUUAACGUGCACCUAAAUCUAAAUACACGGGUGUUUUCGCAUUUCGCCCCCAUCGAAAUGCGGCCGCCGUGGCUGGGAUUAUAUUUGAGAUUACGCUGAAACUAUCGUUAAGGAGGAAAUGCGUUCAUCUAAGCAUGAAGGUCGUCUAAGAUGGGACAAACGCUGUUGUGGUCGCUAAAGAAGACGGCACAAAAAAGUAGUAAGGGUGUGACCCCCCAAAAAAAGAUUUUGUCUGGGGUUUGUGUCCUUAUUUUUCUUGUUACUUAAAGUACCAUUCCUGCGGUCGGGCUUUUAUUCUCACGAAUAUAGUUGGAUUCUCAAAGCUGUGAUAUAUAACCCAAAGGAAAUGCUUACAUUUCAGUCGUCUUCAUAAAGCGCUUUAUAUUUUGUAAAUAGCCACUUGUUUUCUCUGUGUCUGUGUGUUUAUGGUUUUUACAAAUAUAAAUGUCAGUAUGGCACUACUAUUCAUGCAGAAAGUUUGUGCAAACUUCUUUUCGUGCAAAACAUCAUUUUGUGGCAUUUGUGCGUUGAUAUGCUCCAAGGUCUUUUUGAAUAUGUGGUCAAUAAUCGUGUUAAACAUUCCCACCUUAUAGGUAUAUGCGCACUUCAAAACACUGCAACUUAUCAGAGGUUAUGGAAAGGUUCCAAAACUGUUAGCAAAGCUGGGCGACCGUGCGGUGGUGAAACGUUUUUUACGCUUGUUCUUUCCUCUAAGUAGUGUCAAUAUUCAAUAAAUAAGGACAGUACUUGCAAAGCUUUUUGAUCGUAAGUUCUAUUUCCUACUGGCCGGUCGCCUACGCAAAUUAUCUUUGUCAGCAUCGGCAGGCACCUUGCCCAACGUGUACAUUUAGCGCUAAUGCGUUUGCGAUAGCAACACUCCAGGCGAAU